AUGAAGUGGACUCAACUUCUUCUCUGUAUUUUCCUCUUCCAAAUCCAGCAUUUGGGAUUAGCUGAGGAAGAGCGGCACUUGACCACAGAUGACGAAGGCUACGUAACUGUUAUUCAAGGAUUUGCUACACAACUGCAAUGCAUUCUCAAUACAUGUUCACCAAACGUUGUUUGGUAUAAAGAUGAUACUCUCAUAUUUAAUGGAACUCAACUUGUUGAUUCUGAAACAACGCGUGAAGGAUCCUUCAAGUUACAGCAUUGGAUUGACGUUGAUUAUGAAAAAACCUGCACGGGCACCUGUAAUGAUAACACACCUUGUGCCGAUGGAUCUGCUUGUGUUGAUAACCAGUGUUGUGCUUGCGCUAAAGAAGAGUUUACUCUGGUACUAAAGAACCUUACUUUCGAAGACGCUGGACGUUAUCGCUGCCAAAUUGCUAACGAAUCGGAAUUGCUUGAAUUCCAAGUUGAAAUUAUAGAAUCUGGUCUGCGUGGCGGGUUCCAUGAAAACAUCAGUUAUGACCAUUCCCAAUGUUGCCAGGAGCGAGGAAUUUCUCCUCUUUGCCGAGCUAUGUGCAAGCCAUCUGAAAUGAACGAGCAUUCUUUCGAUCCCACCAGUUGUAAAACUGAUGAUUAUAAGAAUUUCCUGUAUUGCGCUACAGAGAAUGGUACAAGAACUCAUUUACACUGUUGCAAAACUCAGUUGGUCCCAUCGUUUUGUUAUGAUUUCUGCUCAGGGGAUUUCAAGAUGCUUCGACGUUCACAUAGACUAUGUCUCUACUAUCUCCCAGAAAUUUUCGAGUGCUACAAUCGUGCUUAUCUUCCUUUCCCUGAGGCACCGGAAAGCAUUCAGGUGAAUGCUGUCGAACAUGACAAACUUCAAGUUUGCUGGAAGAAACCACCUGUUUUUGAUUCAAAUAAAAACUUCCCCGUCAUAGGCUACACAGUGUCUUUUAAGGAAGUUCCUAACUUUAAUUUUCUCACGGGUGCUCUAGGGAUUCCUCUAUUGGGUAGCGACUACAUUGAUAUUGGAGAUGCUGGCGACGAAGGUGAUUAUGAGGAAUCAUCGGAAUCUCCUCUAACGAGGGUUAAAAGAGGAACUCAUGAAUUCUCCAUUCGAAAAGAGAGAUCAACGAUCGUUCUGAUGACUAAUGAUUCUGAAACGCAUACAAGCGCAGUGCGUGAAUUCAAUUUCCAACACGUCAAUACCUCUGACACAUGUUUGACUUUGACAAAUCUCCGUUCUGCCACUCGAUACGUGAUUCUUGUUACUGCUCGUAAUGAUUAUGGAAACAGUGUUCCCAGUGCAAGAGCGAUAGCAUCUACUAAUGUUUUUGUUUUGAAAAAUAACGGAACAGCGCCGGACGCGAUGGCUUGUUGUAAACAAAACGGAGUUACUAAAACAUGUGCCGACAAAAUGUGUGUUGUCGAUUCCAGCCUGACAUCUUCAGAUGCUUUCACGUUGGCAACAAGUUGUCGAACAGAAUGGCCGAAGGUAUCUCCAUGUAUUGCUGAUCAACGUAAUCACACAGAAUGCUGUGUACGUAAAAAAGUUUCCGCCGAAUGUUUACCUAUUUGUGCGGGGUCUACUGAUGAGUUAUCACCUAAAGCUGUUCUUUGUUUGACCAUUGAUAUGCAAACAGUUUAUACUUGUAUGAGGGAAGGAUAUGAAACUCAUCCAUCUGCGCCAGUUAAUGUGUCUGUAGCUGAGAUCACUGAAUCUAGUGUGGUUGUUAAUUGGGAAGAACCAGAGGCGAACUCCCACCUCGUGGAGACCUUCACUCUGUUUAUCAGAAAGAACGAGCAUGGAGCUCCUGUCCGGCAAGUUUUCAAUGCUGUUUCUCCUCAUACAGAGCUGGGAUUGGACGCCGACAGUGAGUAUACUGUCAGUGUUCAGGCGAACUCUAUGAAUGGGGAAUCUUUGCCAUCCACAGCGAUUGUGUUUAUCACUAAGCCUGUAGUUCUUUAUUUAUGUCCAGUGGGUGAACCUUUACUAUUGUCUGAAGGUAGACAUUUCAUCUGUAGCGAUGAAAGACCGUGUCCGUUUGGUUAUUCUUGCUCCGAAGGUGGAGAUGGAGGAAUGUAUUGCUGUCAAUCUAAUCAUGAUCAUUCUGAUGUGGAUUUCCAAGAAUGUUGUCAACAACAAAGAGUUUCAGAGUCAUGCUUGUCUUCUUGUCAUUUUAAUGCAACUCUGCCUGAAUCCUGCAAAGGUGAUCUCAACAAAUGGGUUCAAUGUGCUUCUGAGGGUGUUGAUCAUUCUCGUUGUUGUGAACAGCGUUCAAUCCCAAAAGAAUGUUUGACCGGGUGUCGUCAUCCAUUCCAGGUUCCUGAUGCGUGCUUCAACGCGGUACCUCAAUUAUCUGCCUGUUUUGCUGGUAAACAUUCAGGAUCUCCUUCUGCCGUUAACAACCUAGAAAUAACUCUGAUCCACCACGAUUCAGCAACACUAUCCUAUGAGUAUUUUGAUGAUGAUGUCCGGUUCUUUUCUAUCGAGAUCUAUCAUAAUAAUACCCUUACAAACUCUACCAAUACGACACAAGAUGUGAUCCGUUUGGAGAAUCUUCAACAAAAAACAGAAUACAGUGUUCGUGUUAUUGCGCAUAAUGAGGUCGGAUCAUCACCUCCGUCGUGGAACGUUACUUUCACAACAUUACCUAUUCAGGGUACUGAUGCAGAUAGACCUAAACAACCUGAUGGCCUUCACAUUGUUUGGAACCAGGGCACUCGCGUUAACAUUUCUUGGAACCCAGUAACAAAAAGGCGUAAUGACGAGAAUGUGAUUGGGCCCAUUGAUUAUCUGCUGUAUUAUGUGGAUUCCGAGAACAGCGCGAAGUGGACAACGAUAAGAUUGAAUAACUCAUGGGGCGUUAUUUCUGAUCUCAAAAAGGACUCUCUUUAUUCCGUUUAUGUCACUGCUCAAGAAAACGAGAAGAGUAGCAGAAGCAGUUCCGUUAUAACUCUUUUGGCUCAACACAAUUCUCUUGGACUGCCUGAGCCCAAUUUAACAUUUGAUCCUGAUCACGCUGACAGCUUUUAUAUUGCCGGAGAUAGGAUUAACAUCAACUGCUCUGUUAACAUCGGUGUUCACAAGAAUGCCAGUUAUCAUAUCGAUUUGACAGCAGGAAACUAUACUGGAUUAAAUGAGCCUGGAGCUCUAUGGGUUUCUCUUAAUGUCACAGCCGAUUCGACUCUCGAUACAGCUGCCUGUGCCGUAACCGAUGUGGAUGGACGUCAAAAUGUGAACAUGAAACAUAUUCUUGUUAAAUUUGGCCCAGUGGCUUUCAUGGAUAAGGAAAAAAUAAGAGCCUUUGAUGACCAAUCUGCCAUCAUAUCUUGCACCGUGAAAGGAUUUCCAACUCCUAGCAUAUAUUUCCUGAAGGAUGGUAAACAAGUACAUAAGUUCUCUACUAGAGUGAAGUUGGUUAAAAUGAACACCUAUAAAGCAACUUUACAUAUCCCGAAUGCAAAGGGCAAUGAAGGUGUUUACCAUUGCGUUGCUUCUAGAAAUGGAACUACCUCCAAAUCGGAUAAAGCAGAGCUCAUCAUUUCGAAAGAUACACUACCAGUGGACCCGAAGUUCAUUCUCAAUUGUUGCGAAGAAGAACAGAUCCAAGGAGACUGUUUGAAAGCAUGUGGAUUAGGAUCGAUUCCUCAGAACGUUGGAAAUUGCACCAAGUAUGCUAAGUCUUUGCUGAAAUGUGCUUCAGACAUACGAGAUCAUUCGGAUUGCUGUAUUGGCAAAAAAGUUCCGAGUCAGUGCUUACCUCUAUGCUCAGGCGAUUCUUCAAUAUCUAACUUCGACUGCUCCAACUACGCUGUCGAUAUAAUGGCAUGCUUUGUGCGAGGUCAUGAGAGUAGUCCUGAGCCUGUUACUUCAUUAGCAUAUGAAGUAGUUUCGGCCAAAAAAAUCAAGGUUUCAUGGGAAUCAUCACCUCCAAAUAACGACUUCCAGUACUACGCUGUCUAUACUAGAAGAGCCGAGGACGAAAAUCAAGACUAUCAGAUUUUCAAAACUUUGAACAAAAAUGUUGUUUUGGAUGUUGAAGAAGAAGUUACUUACGAUAUUGGAGUAAUAGCGGCCAAUGCUUUCGGGCACAGUCCUUUAGUAUUCAUGGAUGUUAUUGCAACUCAGCCAGAAGCGAAGAAGUCUGACUCAAAUUCUUCAUUCAACUUCAUAGUGAUCCUUCUUCUAAUUUGUACUUUUGCUGUGAUUGCUAUCAUAAUUCUUGGGAGACGACGUGAACUUCCAGCACCAAUCGGUAAACUGAUUGGUAGACCUGCUGUCCCUCACGAGCACCCAACGGUUGCAUUUGAAAAUCCUGCUUAUGUGUCAGGUAAUGAAGUUGAAAUCCGAGGGCUUGGUAGACCGGAAUGGCAAAAUCAAGAUUUACAAGCUUCACCUUCUGAUAAUUCUGGUGCUACUAAUGAUUAUCGUAACGGGAUGCGUUACUCCAAAUUGGAGUCAACAUAA